CGAUGGCUGCGGACAGUGCGCUGCUGCUGUCUCUGGUGGAGGAGUAUGUCUCUGGACUGCAGGACAGCAAAGCCAAAGACACAGCAACAGCUGUCAAAAAUGGAGAGUUUACAGUUCUGCAGCUGGUGGAGGCACUGGGACUGAGUCUGACCAGCUCUCAGCCUCACACUCGAGCCAGAGGAGUCCAGCUUCUCUCCGAAGUUUUACACGAGUGCUAUGGAGGUCUUACCGAGAAAGAAGUGGAAGUGCUCCUUGUCUUCUAUGAAAACCGUCUGAAGGACCAUCACGUCAUCACUCCUCCGGUUUUACAGGGGCUCAGAGCGCUGACAAAAUGUACGGUGCUGCCUCCUGGCUCAGCGGUGUCCAUGCUGAGGUGUUUGUUCCAGGAUGUUCACGUUCAGUCUUUAAUGCUGACGGAGAGAGCCUGCGUCUACAACAUGCUCAUCAACCUCAUGGCGAUCAGAGAAGCAGGUACGUCUGAUUCCUCA